UCCGCCGACGACAUCGUCGACACGUCGCCGUUGCUCGCCAGUUCCGGCGGGUCGUCGGACGAGAGCAACUCCGGCCGCCGGUACCUGCGCCAGCAGAGCCUCCGCCAGGCCGCGCGGUUCCUCCGCCAGGCCAGCAGCCGGCGGCUGAUGCGCGAGCCGUCGAUGCUGGUGCGCGAGACCGCGGCGGAGCAGUUGGAGGAGCGCCAGAGCGAUUGGGCCUACUCCAAGCCCGUCGUCGUUUUGGACAUCAUCUGGAACUUCGCUUUCGUCGUCGUCGCCGCGACGGUUCUGGUUCUCAGCCGGUCAGAGUCGCCGGAGAUGCCGCUGAGGCUUUGGAUUGUGGGAUACGCUAUGCAAUGCUUGCUGCAUAUGGUUUGUGUAUGUGUCGAGUUCAAACGGCGACAGAAUCGGCGGUUUUUGGGGGUGAAUCCCGGUGACGGAGGGAUCGGGAGCGCCGGAAAUUCCAGCCCUAGGAGAGAGGACUCGUCACAGUACUCAUCACAGUACGUGUCUUUGGCUGAUCACUUGAAUGAGGAGAGCACCGGUGUUGCCAAGCAUCUAGAAUCUGCAAAUACAAUGUUUUCGUUCAUCUGGUGGAUCAUUGGAUUCUACUGGGUAUCAGCAGGCGGGCAAACUUUGGCACGCGCCUCCCCUCAGCUUUACUGGCUGUGCAUAAUUUUUCUGGGUUUUGAUGUGUUUUUUGUCGUCUUCUGUGUUGCACUGGCUUGCAUCAUCGGGAUCGCUGUGUGUUGCUGUCUUCCAUGUAUUAUUGCACUUCUAUACGCUGUGGCAGACCAGGAUGGCGCAUCUAAGGAAGAUAUUGAACAAUUAUCAAAAUUCAAAUUCCGACGAGUUAGUAAUGAGAAAAUUGCAGCCGGUGAACAAGGACCUCAUGGAGGAGUAAUGACUGAAUGUGGAACAGAUUCACCCAUUGAGCAUGUUCUUUCACCAGAAGACGCGGAGUGUUGCAUCUGCCUCUCUUCUUAUGAUGACGGUGCGGAGCUAAGGCAACUUCCUUGUGGUCACCAUUUUCACUGUUCCUGCAUUGAUAAGUGGCUUUUCAUUAAUGCUACUUGUCCUCUCUGCAAGUACAAUAUUUUGAAGAGUAGCAGCAAUGAGCAAGGCGAAGUUUAGAGGAUUACUCCUGGUACAGAAUUGUGCUCAGCAUGUUUGAGUGUAAUUAAGGCAAAGCUUGGCACACAACUCAAUGCAGGCUUUACGAGUGUGGGUGGAAAGUAAUCCGAUCCAAACUUGGUAUCCACAUACCAGAGUUUUAUUAUCAACGUUGCUUAUUGCCUGUAGAGUAGGUUUAGCAGUUGCCGUGGAUCUUGUUUUCGCGGUAGACAGUGGCACUUGGUAUUUAUCUUUGCUCUGGCAUUUUUCAAGUGCCUUUGUACAUGGGUCUUGCCAGGGCAUCUCCGCAGUAAUUAUAUAAAACACGUUAUAAAAACUAGUCUCUUUGUAGCGCUGCCUGCUCAGGAGCGUUGUGUUCAUUUGGUGCUAUAGAAAUUUGUCAAUAAAAGAUAAUAAGAUUGUUUGUUCGUG